CUAUAAUAUCCACCUCGGCCUCGCCCAUUAUUUCACUCUUUAAAGAUUGUAGUGUACUUUGAUGCGCAUGGACAUCGACGCUAGGAGCACAGCAUCGUUGGCGCGAUGCCUGGGUCGGGCCGUGGGCCCGCCUGAUCGUGCGCAACGGCGAUUUUUGGUCGGGUGAUGGUCAUCGAGUAUGGUGAUCACAAGAUCACGGGCAUAGACACGAUCACGAGCCUCACCGAGCUUCGCGGUCGAAAAAGAAUCACUCGCCUCGGCGACGUCUGGUGCAGCUCUCUUACUGUUAUAAGGUAGAGCCGCUACCGCUUCCCCGGACGUAGAAGACAAGAGUUGUAGCUAGACUGCUGAAUUCGUCGAACUAGUGGUAGCGUGUUCUUUUUGUAACGAGUGGGCCUCGAGGAAACCGAAUUCUAGUCGUGAAGUCCACAAAGGAGACCAACUGAAUCGACUUUAUCCUAGUAGCCUCGAGUCGAUCGCAGAGACUGGGACGUUCUUGGUACUAGACGAGUCCUACUCUUGCGGAGUCGAAGGACGUUCUACUUGUCACUAGAGCAGGGUGGCCCUAUUCCUGCGAAGUGUUGAAGACCAAGCGGCGUCUAUGGCCGUGACGACGCAGGCAAGCGAUGCCAUGCUUAAAAGAUGGCAGUUGGUCCCUCCCCAAUCGGGAGCACACUCCGAGGUCUACUCGCCGAGAACGGGACACGUUGUCGUGGCUUGGUUAUGACUUGAGAAAUACACUUACUUAUACUUACAUAUUAGAUACAUAGAUUUAGAUACUCCACGGGUCAUUAGGACUAUGAAUCUGCGUACUUGAUGAGGCCACAGGUAAUAAAGACUAUGAAUCUGCGUACCUGAUGAGGAAUUUUCUUGCUCUACUUCAACGUGAAGAAAAAGAUGUCAUAAUAAUAUUGACAGUGUAGUUGAAGAUGUGAAUUAAGUCCCCACAUCUCACUACAUCCUAGUGAAGGUAGGAGGACUAAGAAAUACCCUAUGAGGAAUCUUUUUUAUACCCUGUUCAUACAAACUCGACAAAUUCUACGUUUUCGGAGGCACAGAUGGCCAGGCGCGUCAGGCGGACGUGCACGAAUACAAUGUCACAAUGAACGAGUGGAAGUGUUUACGGACGGGUGGAAGGGCGCCACCAGCUCGCAGUGGUGCACAAGCGGUGGUUAUGAAUGGCAUGGUAGUUAAAUAGUAGUUGAAAUUAGAAGAACUGAGUGUGAGUGCGAUCGAUUUUGGGCAUCCCUCUCGAUCAUCAUGAAGUUAAUUAAAUUUUUGGAUGUUUAAGUCCUAAUUGUAAUGAAAAUCCUCGACAACAUAAAAAUCAAACUCAACUACCAGGUUUGGAUUUUUGGGGGGUACACGAAAAAAGACGGAGACUAUUUCAACGAUGUGAACUUGUUUUACCUGCCUGUGAACGACCAAUCACCGCGAUGGGAUCAAGUGGAUGCCAUAGGGGAGGCACCUGGAAAGCGCACGGACCAUAGUGUUGUCCUGUAUGUUAUGAGCAAGCUCACUAACUACAUUGUUUUGGAUAUAAGAAGUGCAGGGGUGCUUUUGUCACGCCCGCUCACAUUAGGUCGAGAACGAGGACUUUGCUUUGACACUCGCUUUACUCCUCUUCUAAUCGAUGGCGAUCUAUGUUCGUUUUCGGAGGGUUCGAUGGCAAGAGUCGCUUCAAUGACAUCAAGGAGUUGAAGCUCGAUCAGCGACGUUGGAUACCCAUAAGUGCUCGCAGCAAUGCACCCAAACCACGGUUUGGCCAUAGCGCAGUCAGUUGGGAGAACUCAAUUUAUGCUCCUUGCCUUCCUCCUCCUGAAACAUAUACUUAAUACAAAUACUUGCUGGCUAAAGAGAACUGCUAUGGUCAAAAAGCAAGCAGUUGCUUGCUGGACCUAGCAAUGCAAGGUGUUGGAUGAAGCUGCUUUUGUCAUAUCGCGGUAGUAGAUACCAAGAUUAUAUGACAUAACUCUAAUUUUGGUAUAUUUUUGGAGGCUGGGACGGACACAUAACGCUGAGCGAGCUGUUCGAGUACAAUUUUGCGUCAAAUACCUGGCACGGUGUGCCAAAUCGGGGUAGCGCGCCACGAGCACGCUAUAGACAUUCGGCCGUCGUGAUAUGCGGUUCAAUGUACGUUUUCGGUGGCGUCGACAAAGAUCAGAAUCGUUUUUCCGAUUUGUACGAAUUGAACUUGAUGGACAAGGUUUGGCACCGGUUGGAUAUUCGUGGCGAGUAUAUACCCUCGGCGCGCACCUUUCAUCGCGCGGUGGCGGAUACUACAGGUCGCAUGUUUAUUCUUGGUGGUUUCGACGGGAGAAGGCAAAACGACACAAAUGUGAUUCAACUUGUGCCCCGUGAAGAUUUCAGGAAUUACGAGCAGAGCCGCGCGAUAAGACAGGGCGCUGCUGCGUCUAGUUACGAUUUUAUUUUUGUUGUGACGAGUGGCAUCAUCAAAAUACAUCUAGGCUGUAAUCGUAUGAAUUUGACGGUCAUUAAUCAAGAAAUAAUUUUCCAUCAGUCGAAAAAGCAUUGGCCAGAGUGUGUCAGAUCUUCACCUCCAGCUCCAACCGGUACCUUUAUUUUACCACUACAUUUAUUUUUGUUAGGCACCUCUCAGCAUCAUGUCUAAUGUUUUAGGGGCGAUCCAAUGGGCGGUACAUUUGGAGCAGGCAGCACGGUCGCGGGUGGAGCAUCAUCCAGCAGCUCAUCUGCCCCCCUUCGGCUUGACGGAUCUCCGCAGGCCAUAUCAAACGCAUUAAUGCAGCAAGACAGUGUACGAAGAAUUAGUGCUAGAUUUGUCUCCUUCUCCUCCCUACUCCCAAUAACCCUCUCUCCUUCACGCCUUAGUCUUGCCGGCACUUAUCCCACGCGUUCCUCGUUAUUGCACGGGAGAAUAUCAACGUGAUACUGCUUCUUCUACUACCAUUUGCUCCUGCAGAUAUACAGAAGACUACGCAAAUGAAGAUUAGCUUUGAAUUCCUUGGACAAGCACUACCUAUAGAUACUUUCUAAAAAAGUCGAUCAAGUGGACAAUGAGUUUAAAUAGCAGCCGUUUGAUACAUCACAUGUUGAUGACCACCUGCGCCACAUCUUCACUUUACCGUUUCUAAUGCUAUCGUCAGUCAGAACCGGCACCGGAAUACAGCUUAGUGACAGCACGAGUCGUCGGGAAUCUAUUAAUAGAGACGGUGUAGUGACGGUGAUAGAGUCGGGCGGUGGUAGCGGUAGUACUAGUGGAGAGGUAUUUGCUCCCAGUAGGCGCCGGCGGAGUCAAGGUGGAGAGGGCGAUACGAAUGCGGGCGAAAUGUCGGUCAUACAGAGUGGAGCCUCAAGAAUACCAAACAUAGCAGACGAAGGGGGAGUCGGGGACGCGAAUGAGGUAAAUCUAAAUCAUGAUCCUUCUAAUUGUCAUACAGUGAGGGCUUUACGUGUAAGAUGUAAAAGUACUUCGUCAACGCACGUUCUCCAAAUAAGCAAAACUGCAUUUAUGGCUUGUGAGAUUCAAAUUUCAGGCAGCGAGCGCGCUGAUGCCGGAAGAUUUUUUCAAAUGGCAAGAAAUAACGGACCAGACGGGGAAAAUUUAUACACCACGGACGGGGCAUGCAGUGGUGGUUUACAACAAGACACUUUAUCUUAUGGGCGGAACAGACGAGUCUGCCAGACAAAACGACAUCUACCAGUUCAACGUGGAGACGCACAUGUGGAGCAUGCUCGACAAUGUGAGAGGUACUAGUGUGUGUCACUCGUCUUGGCGAGGCGGUAUUGGACUUUAUUGAUAAAAUGAACGUUGUGGAGAAACACGAAUAGAAGGAAUUGACGACUUUGACGUUGCGUCAUGAUAUGGAGAGCUUACUUGAGUUUGAUUUUUCAAUCAUUGACUGGGAACCUGCAGAUGUAUCAUAGAAACAAGGCCAGAGACACCUACGUACUCGGAUUCAGUGUCCUCAAACUCAAAGCAACAAAAACAUCAUACAGGGACUCCACCUUGUGCUCGGUCCGGUUCCAAAGCUAUCGUGUAUAGCGACACGAUCUUCUUUUUUGGAGGAUAUACGAAGAAAGACGGCGAAUACUUCUGCGACCUCUACCAAUUUUAUGAAAUAUAUUAAGAGAGUCGCAGUCGUCCGAGAAGCGGAAGUCUUAGUUUUUAAGAGACGUAAAAAAGUGCGUCUGGUACAACUCUUUUAGUUUAUGCUGUUACUCGUCUUUACCAAAUUCUCUUUAGCGGCACAUCGUAGUUUCUAAUAUCUUUUUGUUUAUGAAGGUGAAUCUGAAGUGAUGGUUGUCAACAUGUUUGUGAUAGCCAUGAUUGUGUCUAAGUACAACUUGAACUUCCUUGACUUUAACAGAUCGCGUUUUCCCAUUCUUUCAUAAGCUCCACAUCCCGACUGCGCAGUGGCGAACUAUUGACCCCUCAGGCGUGGUACCACCUGCGAGGACGGAUCACAGUUGCUGCAACUUCGGCCCAUCGCUCUACAUUUUUGGAGGAUUCGAUGGGAAGAGCAGGUUUGACGACCUGCAGAAGUUCUCUAUCGACCUGAACCGCUGGGAGCGGAUAAAGGGCGAUAAUCAGCCGAUGGGCCGAUUUGGCCACUCUGCGUGUAUGUACUUAUGACCACUUGUUUUUCCGGGCACUUCUGCAGUUACUACUGUAGUUUUUUAGAAUUGAAAAAAAGAUAUCCGUCUCGAUCACAGAUUGCACUUAGAUCACUCGCUAGAAAAGAAAUCUGAAAUCUAUGAUACAGUUGUUGCACUCGCUCCUACCGUGCUAGAAGAUGGUAUUCUAUUUCAUCUACUUUCGUCAUCCUCCGCGUAGAAGUGCUGGUUCGUCUAAGAAAAGGCUCGUCGAUGUUUGUCUUUGGAGGAUGGAAUGGGCACGACACUUUGGACGACUUGACCGAGUUCUCGACUACAACUCAGCAGUGGUUUCCAGUCCCAGGAAGAGGCGAAGUCCCAACUUCCCGAUACAGGCAUAGUGCGAUCGUCUACGGUUGUUGCAUGUUCAUAUUUGGUGGCGUCGACAAGCGACAAGCGCGCUUCUCAGAUUAUGGUUGGAGACUUCUUCAUCACUCAAGUAAGUAAAACGCUAUGACCGUUUCCGUUGGUUGCUAAACAUAGUAUUUCUCGUCAAAAUUAUUGCAAGUAUUCUGAUGUCACUCUUGCGCUUGUAUGAAUCCGUCGUCUUAAUUUAACUGGUUUCAAAACUACUACGAGGACAGUACUAGCUCACCUAGAAAGAUGUAGGUGAGCAAAACAAAUCACUUAAGAGAACUUUGUUGAGCACCUCCACACUCUAAGGAACCUUGCUGGAGUUCAAUUUCGACACACGGACAUGGUCAAGGCUCGAGACCAUGGGAGAUCCACCUAGUGCGCGGACGUUCCAUAAAGCGGUAACUUACAACCUGUGUAGAGAUGAAAAUUUAGUCCUACCUUCUUCUAAAUCUAAAAUAUCUACGUACAUCUAAUUAAAAUUAUAGUACCGGUACUCAACAUACUACUCUUUAAUACUGAAGGAGUACAACCAGGUGAUUUACGGUGGUCGGAUGUACAUAGUGGGUGGCUUUGAUGGACAGCGGAGAAACGAUAUGUACCGCAUAGCGCUUAUCGAGGAACGAACACGGGCCGAGAAAGUAGAGCUGCGUAAACAGAAGCUUGGCGUCCAUUCCGAUUCUGCGGUUAUGAUCCUGAUUGCUUGCGUGAUCCCUUUUUUAAUGGGCCUCCCAGUCACAACAAGAUUUUUGCUUGGAUCCCUGUUCCUGUUCAUGUCAUGACAUACAACUAGUGGACUCGAUUGCAACACUGUAGCAUCUAAUAAAAUGUUGAGCAACAUGUUGUACAACCACUAGGACUAGUCGGGAACAAGGAGAUUAACAUGCUUUAUUUGCUUCUCCACCACAAGCACCCACAACCUCUAAAGUAGGAAGUGCUCUAGCUGCUCCUGGGGAUGAGGAAUUAGAGAACGUAGACGGUAACUUUGGCAACGAGAGUUUAGACGAGGUGAGCAUGCUUAAGGCACAGGUACUCGAAUACCAGAAACGUCUAGAGCGAGAGGAGGAGAGACAUACGUGCAAAAUCUGUUACGAGCGCGAGAUCAACACGGUGAUUCUGGACUGUGCCCAUCUCUGCGCAUGCGUUCGCUGCGUCCGCCAUUUGUUAUGGAUAGAUUUUUUUCUCUUUCUGUUGUUCUUCUACUUGUACUCCGUGGUUGUCCUUGACCUCGAUGAUGCUGCCAGGGUAGUACGUUUCGAGUGUCUCUCGGGGUAUGCGUAUAGAAAGUGAAUGAAGGGGAACUAAACAACGACGGAGAUCAGGGGCAGGAUGAUUGAAGAAGAACACAGAAAAACAGGGCACAUCUAAUUUUCACACAAUGCCCGAUUU